AUGCUUGAAUGCAAGCCAAUUGCCACACCUAUGGAGGCUAACGUCAUGCUGUGUUCGGAAGAAGGAAAAGACUUGGAAGAUGCAAAUAUGUACCGACAAAUAGUUGGUAAGCUAAUCUACCUUACAUUUUUGCGACCAGAUAUAACUUACGCAGUUGGUGUGGCUAGCCGGUUCAUGCAAAUACCAAAGAAGCCGCAUCUUGAAGCAGUACGUCGAAUACUGAGGUAUGUGAAGGGUACGAUAGACCUUGGUUUAUUGUACAAGAAAGUUGGAGUAUGCAAGAUAGUUGGGUACUGCGAUGCUAACUAUGAUGGUGAUCAUGACACACGACGAUCAACUACUGGAUAUGUAUUCAACCUUGGCUCAGGAGCAAUUUCUUGGUGUAACAAGAGACAACCUACAGUGUUUUUAUCAACCACAAAGGCUGAAUACAGAGCAAUGACAAUGGCAGCACAAGAAAGCCCAUGA